CAGUCAGAUUCUUUUUUUGUAUCAGUGAGAGUUUUGGGGUGAAUGAGAUUUUGUGUGAGUGCUUUCUGUUGUUCAACUGAAGUCAAAUUUACCAGAGGGUGUACAAUUUUACAUUUAAAUUUGACCUGAAUAAGUGUAUUUUGUCUCUUCCGACGUCCUCCCUUACAUCACAUCCUGUUUCUUCUUCGCAAGAAAAGUAGGCUUCUAACGGGGGGAAAGAGCAGUAAACUUUGCUGAAUACACAACAUUGGACUCAAGCAACGAAAAAUGAAAGUUCUCCAAAAAGAUGAACAAAUGUCUGCAGAGACUGUUCUGCUGAAACACUUCCCCAAGAGUUGUCAGGUCUAUGGCUACUUAUACUCUUAUAACAGAAACAAACCAAGUAACAUACAGGUUGUUGUUGAUACAUGGCCUGAUUUUAAAGUCAUCAUUUGUCGCCCUGACCCACGAAACAAAGAAUCCUCUGAAUGGAGAAAAAAGGUCAUAUUUUACAGCCUGGAUGAGAAGAUUUUGAGGAAAAUGUUAUUGGAUGAGGAAACAAUCGACUGGAGCACCUAUUUUGUUGUUGGGGGCUAUGACAGUUCACAUGCUGCCUUGCUGAAAGAAGUUUCAUCGCUGAGACAAGUGAGCUACAAAGAUCUGUCAUGUUCACGUCUUCUAUAUUUGCCUGAUAGUUGCCAUCUGGUCAAACCAGCAUUUGACAGUGAUCUUAAAUCUAGGAUUUCAUCUCUUGAUCCCUCUCAUGCUCACCUGGUGAAUCAAACCUGGAAGUUUGGAGGCGAUGAACUGGGCUACAAGAAAAUUGUCAGACAGAUCAGCCACUUCCCUUCAUACUGUAUCAUCGACAGUCAGGGUCAGCCUGUAUCAUGGCUGCUUUUAUAUGAAUACCUGUCAAUGGGCAUGUUGUAUACUCUGCCCGAGCACCGACAAAAAGGUUAUGCCACAGUCCUGGUCUACACCAUGGCCCAGAGACUCCUCGCUGAGGGCUACCCAGUGUUCUGCCACGUAGAAGAAGACAACAUGACUUCAUAUAAGAUGAUUAAAAGUCUCGGCUUUAUUGAGGAUCCCUCUUUCAGAGAGAAAUGGAUUGCAUUCAAUACCUGAUUUGGAGAAGCAGCCGACAGGUUAUCAGACCCCAACCUGAUAACGCAUCUUAGUAAAUUACUUGCCUUGCACAUAGCAAAGGUGUGGCUUUUUUUUCAAUUGCUGUCUGAGGGGGUGUGAGCGAAAUCAACUGCUUGACAACUUGUUUGGAAUUUUAUAUGAAUUUCUUUUGACAAUCCAGACACAUUUGCACUUCAUUACCUGAUUACUUGGGCCUGACAUCUUAAAUUAUUCCAAUUUGUACCUUUAGUAUUUAGCCAUAUACAAUAUAAUGAAAGUAAAAGUUUUUGAUAUGAAGACAAUCUUUCUCUUACAACUAUACUGGGGUUUUACAGUAAUGGUCCGUGUUGUCCAAUGUUGAAAUGCCUUAACUGUAUAUGUGUUUGUAUUGAAGAAUUACUUAUCCAGUCUGUUGGGGCUUGCUGAAUGUAAAAUAUUCACCGCGAGGAGUUGGGAUGCAGUAUACAAUUGCGCAAUAUACAUGUACAGUCCGUACAAUGGUUUCAGAAGGGUGAACUGUAAUUGCAUAAUUAAAAAAAUAAU